AUGGCCUCCCAGACCACCAUCUGUCCCUUCGCGCUCCCCAUCAUCGCCCGUCGUGGCGCUCCUGCAGCCGUCAAGGUGUCCGCAAAGACCCUCGGCCAGCGCCUCGGUUGGAAGAAAAUCCCCCGCGGGCACGAGGCCACCCUGACAAACAAGGUCGACCUCGCUGCACCCAUGGGCCGCUACCAGCUCAGCUGCGACCUGAUCUCCCUUGAAGCCGCACAGAAGCGCCGCGGACGCACCAUCUCCGGGCCGCUGGAGGUCGGCGAGCACGGCUGGCGGGCAUGCGGCGCGUACACCGUCGGCUGCACGCUCAUCCCGCUGGACGUCGCGCGCGAGGACAAGGCGCUCACGCACCCAAUGCCUUUCAAAACAGACCGCCGGGCGGCCGAGGGGACCUGGGGGCGCCGGAGUAUUCCUCGAGUUUCUAGGCCUCGGGGGGUCUCUGGGCUGUCUUCUGGGGACGAACCGACGCGCCCUGGUCAAGGGCGUGAAGGCGGCUUGCCCGUCGUCACGUCAACAUCGGAUAUCAACAUCGACGGUGCGCACGCGAGAGAAGAACCGAAGCUCCCUGGACGGAUAGGAUAUCAGAUCACUCACCUCGAUGCAACCCUACAAUUUGACGACUGUAUAGGAUUGGAGGUGGGCACAGCCAGACAUGUAGGGCGGUGGUCGAGCACUCCUGAUACGGCACAAGCCGUGCAGGAUCCGGGGGACAGCGAUGAGGACAAGCGUACCGCAACCAUCCAGAAUCACAUGAUCCCGUAA